AUGUGCAUGGAGCGAGCAUCCUGUCGCGAGGACUUCGAGGUAGGAAUUAUCUGCGCGCUGUCACUCGAGUACAAUGCCGUUUCCUACCUCUUUGAUGAGUUCUGGGAUGAAGAUGGUGACCAGUAUGGCAGAGCCGCAGGAGACCCAAAUAACUAUACGACUGGCCGUAUGGGUCACUAUAGUGUUGUCCUGGCUCUCCUGCCGCACAUGGGUAAGGCCAACGCCGCGAGUGCAGCCGCGAGCAUGCGGGCGAGCUACAGCGGGCUACGGCUGGUCAUUCUUGUUGGAAUAUGCGGUGCCGUGCCUUACAGUUGGGGUAGCGAGAUCCUGCUUGGCGACGUUGUUAUCAGCAAGACCGUCAUUCAGUAUGAUCUCGGUCGACAGUACGGAGACCAGUUUAUACACAAGGACACUAUCGACGAUAGCAUUGGGCGGCUGAACAAGGACAUCCAUAACCUCAUCAACAUAUUCGAGACGGAUCGUGGUCUUGACUGGUUGGAGAAACGCGCAGUCUACUUUCUCCAACAGAUCCAUAAUAAAGUUGCCCGGACCAAAAGAAGGACAAAAUAUGACUAUCCCGGGGCGUCAAACGAUAAAUUAUUUGAGCCAACCUACCGCCACAAACAUCACGUCUCACCGGAUUGCAUCUGCCGCCACUGCGCCAGCGACAAGGACCCCGUUUGCGAAGUAGCGCUCGGUUCAUCGUGCGCCGAUCUCGGCUGCGACGAAAAGCACCUUGUGACGAGAGAACGGCUCUUCGCCAGACACUAUGACCAUGAUGUCCAUGAGCUGGCGAUCCACCUUGGGGCGGUUGCCUCUGGUGAUAAAGUGGUGAAGUCUGCUGUAUACCGGGACAAGAUCGCAAGGGAAACAGGAGUGAUUGCAUUCGAGAUGGAGGGUGCCGGGGUCUGGGACGAAGUGCCGUCCUUCGUAGUUAAAGGAGUGUGCGAUUAUGCAGACUCCCACAAGCACAAAGGGUGGCAGAAUUUUGCUGCAGCGACAGCGGCCUCAGUGUCCAAGGCUAUUCUGGAACGCUAUAUUCGAACGGACAAAGCUAUGAAGCCGCCCGUUGGGGCCGAUGAGUACGACAGGAGAGAUGGUGGGAGCCGCAAUGCUUCGGCGACUCCCAUACCUCGACCAAACGUCGGAGCGAUGACCGAACAAGAUCCGCGACUGAUGGAAGAAAGGCACAUCGAUGGCCCAUUCAACGCAACCUUUAGCAAUUCUGGCCCCGGCGAUCAGUUCAAUGCACCUGGAGGCACUCAAAACAUUAGCAGAGGCAACGGCAAUCAAUUCCCUGGGGCUACUUUCCACGGGCCGGUGCAGUUUGGCUAA